AUGACAGGCAAUCCGGAGAUUUGGUCAGCUACAACAGGUGUUCUCGGGCUAUUAUUGAUAGCCUUGAAUACAGCACCAGCAACACUAAAUGUUGUUCACCGGCUGUCGAAAAGAUCCCAGCCGAUACGCCUGGAGACGUUGCUAAUCGCCAAGCCGGGGUAUCAAGACGAGGAUGGAGAAGCUACGGAGUCGUCCUUGCUUAGCUUCGCUGAUUCCUGGCAGAGAGUAACGAUUGCGAUAUUAUCGGUGGUCGGAGUAGAAUUGUCGCUCGCGCUCGCGAUUGUUUGUCUCGAGACUGGUCAGAGCUACUUCAUUAUCCCGUUUUGGCUACUCUUGGGAGGUUGGGCCUUGCUGUGCUUGCAAUCUGUUGCCUUUUUUACAGAGACCUCCACAGUAGAGCGGUAUCGGCUUAGCAUCUACUCGUUCUGGACGAGCACACUCACGGUCGCAGUCCCCUGCAUCCAACUCAGCCUCUUUUGGUCGGCCGGAUACGACGUCAACCCGGGACAUGCGCAAACAGGCCUUCUUAUCAGCCAGGUGGUUACAGCACUUCUACGUGGCCUUUGCUCGAUCCUAAUUCCCCGACGGCCGAAUGUGUACCAUGAUGGACAAAUUGUUGAUCAAGAGCUCACGUAUAGUGUAUACAGCCGAUUUACCUUCAGCUGGGUCAAUGGCCUGAUGAAGUAUGCCGCAGAGAACAAGAGCCUCGAGAUCGACAACCUACCGAAAUUGCCGUUUACCGUUCGUGCGGAGAAUCUAUACACUCGCCUGGAGCAGACCCGCCAGUCCCGCAAGCUGUGGAAGGCACUCGUUAUUGGGAACAUGCGACCGUUGAUCUGGCAGGCUGUCCUUAGCUUGGUUACUUGUGUGCUGGGCUUCGGACCGCAGAUAGCGAUGUAUGGAAUAUUGAAGUCAUUAGAGGAGCGUUCGGUAGCGCUCGGGAAUAACCUCCAUGCGUGGCUAUGGGUGGCAGCUUUGGGAGUGGUGAUCGUCGUGUCAUACAGUAUUGAGUCGUGGUUGUGGUGGAUAAUAUCCUCGCAGCUUUGGGUUCCGAUCUACGAGGGGCUUUCGUCCAUCAUAUUCGCCAAAUCGAUGCGCUGCAAGGACGCCAAGGGGAUGAAAUCGACGAAGGACGACAGUGCACCCGAUGAUGAAGAGACACGAGAGGAAAAAGGUCGCCAGACAAUCAUGAACCUCGCAGCAGUAGAUUCGAAGCGAGUAGCCGAUUUUGCAACCUUCAACUAUCUUAUUCCCUCAUGCAUCAUGCGACUUAUCCUAGCUGCUGGAUUCUUGGCCCAUUUACUGGGAUGGAAAAGUCUUCUCGCUGGAUUAUCUGUGUCGCUAGUGAUAACUCCUUUGAAUACAUUCGUCACGAAGCGGUACUCUGCUGCGCAGCAGGAGUUCAUGAAGGCUAAUGACAAGCGCACUUCUACCGUGACUGAAGUACUUCAAGGCAUCCGACAGAUCAAGUUUGCUGCUCUCGAGCAACAGUGGCAAGAUCGGAUAAACGAAAACCGUCGACUUGAACUUGCUCUGCUGUGGAAGACUUCCCUCUAUACUACCGCUCUGGUGGCGGUUUGGACAUUGGGACCACUGAUGCUUUCUGCAGUCUCUUUGACCGUGUACGCUUUGUCGUACGGUGACCUUCCUGCUUCGGUCGCAUUUACUGCUCUCUCGGUUUUUGGAAACUUGGAGUCCGCUAUGGCUGGCCUGCCGGACCUUAUCUCCAAAGGUAUGGAAGCCAAAGUCAGCUCUGACCGCAUCGAGGAGUAUCUUGCGUCCGCCGAAAAGAUGCCCCAUACGAGCAAUGUCGAUGAGAUCUCGUUCGAAAGUGCCACAAUUGCAUGGCCCGGUCAAGAGGAAGAGACUCCCAAGCUUCCCGAGAUGGACGAUAGUUUUGUUCUCCGCAACUUGAAUCUGAAAUUCCCACCGAAAGGAUUGAGUGUGAUAGCGGGAAGGACUGGGUCUGGAAAAAGUCUACUUCUUGCCGCUAUCUUGGGUGAAUGCGAUAUUAUACAGGGCUCGAUAGGAGUUCCGCACGCGCCUUCGCUCGAAGAACGACAAGACGAUCGAGCUACCCGUGACAACUGGAUUAUAGAUACGGCCCUAGCCUAUGUCGCACAGAACCCGUGGAUGGAAAAUGCGACUAUUCGGGAAAAUAUUCUGUUCGGUCUACCGUACAACUGGCGGAGAUACCGGAAGGUGCUGAAGGCAUCGGGGCUGGAGAAGGACCUCACGAUCCUACCCGACGCAGACAUGACUGAUAUUGGUGCGAAUGGCAUAAACCUGAGUGGCGGACAGCGAUGGCGCGUUUCCUUUGCUCGGGCUUUGUAUUCCCGCGCCGGCAUUCUUGUGAUGGAUGAUAUCUUCAGUGCCCUGGAUGCCGAAACUGGGCGUCAUGUGUAUGAGCAUGGGCUCACAGGGGACCUAGCGCAGGAUCGCACCAGGAUUCUUGUUACACAUCAUGUCGGAUUAUGUCUUCCUCGGACCGACUAUUGUGUUCUUCUCGAAAAUGGCUACAUGACGCACGCUGGGACAGUGGAACAAGUGCGUGCUGCACAUGGCUUAACUGAUUUCCUUCAGGGGUUAAGUGCCGAGAUGAGAGAUCUACAGGACAAGGAAACUGCACGGGAUGCUUCCUUCAGGAAACGCUCGUCUGUUGGCCCUCCACCUCCAACUGAAAGUCAUACCCCAAGGCAAUUCACGCAGGAUGAAGAUCGCGCAACGGGGUCUAUACCCAUGAAGGUGUACACAACUUAUAUGACGAAGGGGAAUAGCUGGCUGGCAUGGACAUUCACAAUGCUGAUGUUUGCCAGCUUUAUGGCUCUCUUAGUCGGUCGAUCCUGGUGGGUUAGUCUCUGGACAAGUGCGAAACCGAUGUCCCAUACGCCGGAGACAACGACAAUAUGGGAAGAGACAGUAGACCGAUUUAAGGCCGUUCGAGUCGACGAUGACCUCAAGUUUUAUCUCGGCGUCUACAUAGCCUUAUCCGCCGCUGCAUGCGUUAUCGGUGCUCUGCGACAAUUUGCACUCACUUAUGCAUCCCUUCAAUCGUCACGUCAACUUUUCCAAGAUUUACUCGCAGUCGUCCUCCGGGCACCCAUGCGUUGGCUCGAUACGGUGCCUCUCGGUCGGAUCUUGAACCGGUUCACGUCUGACAUCUACACGGUGGACUGGCGUCUUGCUUUUGAUCUCGGACAUUUCGUGUACAAGGCACUAGAGCUUGCUGGUAUUAUGGUUGCUGGCCUUCUCGUUUCGCCAAUAUUGCUUGUAUUUGCUUGUUUGUUGUUACUUUUCUGCCUUUACCUAUCGAACUCAUAUCUUGCUGGGGCGAGAGAACUGAAGCGCUUGGAAAGCAACUCAAAGAGUCCCGUCAUGGAGCUAUUCGAUUCAAGUCUGACAGGCCUCACAACAGUUCGGGCGUUUAACAAGGCAGACGUAUACAUUCGGAAUAUGUAUUCAAAACUCGACCGCCACGCCCAAACGGUAUGGAACUCAUGGCUUUUCAACAGAUGGUUGUCCUUUCGGAUGAGCAUUGUUGGUGCUGUUUUCUCGACAGGAGCAGCUGCUCUGGUUGUAUAUGUUCCCACUAUACCAGCUGCACUAGCAGGUUUUGCAAUCACUUUCGCCCUACAAUAUAAUUACGCUGUGUCCAUGGGCCUUCGCUUCUACGCCGAGAUGGAGAUGGACAUGAACGCUACCGAGCGCGUACUAGAAUACUCGACCAUCGAAACAGAAGACCAAGGAGGAUACGAGCCACCAGCUGCAUGGCCAUUGCGGGGGCGCGUGGAAGUCGAGGACUUGGUAGUCAGCUAUGCGCCCGACCUCCCUCCUGUCCUGAGUGGACUCAGUUUCAACAUGCAGCCCAACCAGCGAGUCGGUGUCGUCGGCCGCACGGGAGCCGGGAAGUCCUCACUAACUCUCGCCCUGUUCCGCUUCCUGGAAGCCAGAGAAGGUCGUAUCAUAAUUGAUGGUCUAGAUAUAUCUAGGAUGACCCUCCAGGCACUCCGCAGCCGCUUGGCCAUCAUUCCUCAGGAUCCGGUUCUAUUCUCAGGAACGGUGAGAUCCAAUCUAGACCCGUUCCACGAGUAUACGGAUGCAGAGCUGUACAACGCGCUGGAACGCGUGCACCUCCUGUCAUUCGAGGAUUCCAUUACACUCGCCUCUCAAUCAUAUCAUGGCUCGUCCAGCGGUAGUGACACAGCAGCAUCAAAUCCUAUGUCACCUACUGGUGGACCUUCCAAGCCUUCUAGCUUUUUCACAUCUUUAGCCUCGCCCAUAUCGGAGGGUGGACUCAAUCUUUCUCAGGGCCAGCGCCAGCUUCUCUGUCUCGCCCGUGCCAUCGUCGCACAGCCUAAGAUCAUGAUUCUCGACGAAGCUACAUCCGCCGUGGACAUGGAGACUGAUGCGCUUAUCCAACGGUCAAUCCGAUCCGAAUUCGGGCGUAAUGAGUCCUCCCUACUCGUGAUCGCGCAUCGACUCAGCACAAUCGCAGACUUCGAUCGAAUCCUCGUCAUGGACGCAGGCAAGGCAGUAGAGUUCGGGCCACCACGGGAGCUACUUGAGAUUGAAGGCGGCGUGUUCAGGAAUCUAGUCCAGAACAGCGGCGAAAGGGCCGUCCUGGAACAGAUGAUUCUCGGGAAAGCAAAUUGA